AUGCACAUGAAAAUGUUUAAAUGGUGCAGCAUUUCAAAACAUUUAUAUGCAUCAGAGAUUAAAAAUAUUACUGUAGACAUUAAAGUAAAUGAAGUGGAACAAUAUGUGGAUGUUACCUUAGAUAGAUUAGAAACGUGGAGAGCAGCCGAGAUGAAAGUGUUGGUCUUAAGGUGCAUUUUGGAGAUGUUGCGUUUGGACUCGGAUGGGUCACAAUUAGAUCAAGUCGGUGAAAAGAUUGUAGAAGGCUUACAAGGAGUAUUAGAAGGUACUGAAACUCCCGAGGUGAUGGUGGCAACUGUCGAUGUUUUAAGAGAACUCAAUAUAAACCACAGUCAUAUUCUUAAUAACUAUUUCCAGGAUGUUGUUGACAUCUUGGUUGGGUGGCACAUUGAUCACCAUCAGUCUGCCGAGGUGAUGAAGUAUGUGUCCAUGGCACUUCAAAGUUUUUCACAGCUUUGGCAGAUCAAUGUUCCCAUUGCUACUACUCUACUCUCACAGUUUGUUGAAGAUAUGGAAGAUUACUGUGAAGAUUUAGACAGAGGAGUGUCUGGUCGAUCUUCUCCUGAAGAGGAAGCUACAACAGACCCUGUAGUGUGUGCUAAGAAGGUAGCUGCUUUUAUCAGUGUCUUCACUACUGUGCUGCGUUGCUUGGAGCCACAGGUUGACCCUACAAUAAAUCCUAUCCUCUCAUCAAAAUUUUUAGUGGAUGCCCUUGGAAAGAUGAAGUCUGGAGCUGCCAAAAUAUUACGACAUCAUUGGGAAGAAGCUUUGCUGGAUGCUCUUAAUCAAGUAUGCUUGGUUCUUAUUCCAUAUAGUCAAAACAUCCCAGACCUUCAAGUUCAUUUUUGUGCAGUGAUUGACUUGCAGCAGAAUCUCAUAGAGCAUUUUGGGUUUGUCACAACUCUCUCUUACCUCACACUCCUCACGCAGAUGUUGAAGCAGAUUGGCAGUAGCCUAUCAGUAGAGUUCAUGCAAAAGAUACUUGGCAAAGACUCUCCUAUACGAAGUCUACGAUUAUCACCGCAUCGCUCAAUAUGGCAGGCAACUCUGGGAGUGUAUCAUGCAGUUCUCGGCCUCAAGAAUGUGCCUUUGCUACAGGAAGCUUAUAACUACAUUCUAGCUGAUCUACAGCUUGCCCACCGUGUUUUGGUACCCGAGGGUGAUGCAUUUACCACCUCAAGUGUCUUACAAGGUGUCACUUAUAAUGAGAAUGAAGCAACAAUAUUGAUGAUGUAUUACAUGACAGUCCUUGCAGAGGUGGCUAACACUCGGAAUUCCAUAAUCACGAUGUGGGCCCUUACUCCGCCGUUAGUUGACCUCCUGGCCACUCACCUUACACCAUCCAGUUCGCAUUUAGCAUUACAUUAUCCAGAGGUUCAGCAUGCUAUUUUGUUUCUCUUGUAUUCGCAUUGUGCCAAGCAUUCUCAUUACAUCGGCUCUAGCACAUUGAUUGUUGGGGCAUCAUCUCCAUUUGUUCCAUCAUCUGUGUCUGCAGCCUUCUCAGGUGGCUCUCCAGGCGGCUUUUCAGGAUCCUCGACAAGUGAAAAUUUGACUACAAUUCUUGUAACCCUCACUGCAGUUUUCCGUCAGAGACAUGUAACUGGAGCUAACAUCCUCCAGUUGUGUUUGGAGUGGGCCGCAGACCUGAUCCGAAGCAGUGAAACGUCUGUACCUCAGCUUCUGAAAAUUAAGGUUUUCACACAGAUGAUUGACACAAUUGUGCAAACAGGCUACCACCAUCUGAGUUCUGUGGCUUCUGCUGUUGCUACUUGCUUGUCUACAGUUUUUUUAAUAUUGCCCCCAUCACAGAACUUGGAGGAGAUAAUAAAGCUAUGUGUGCACCAUGUAAGCCACAAAGAUUCCAAGAUAAGAAGUAUGUAUCUAGAUUUAUUGGCCAGGCUUCCCCUAAGUGCUGUAUCUCAUGCACUGUGCACGGGCAAUGGCAAUGAGGAAAAUGAGUACACGGCAAACAAGGGAGAUUCAACAUCAAGUGUGGAAUUUGGCAGUCUUGACUCAACUUCUGUAAAGAGUCUGGAACGUCACUUUGUUCUUCGUUCAACAUCAGGACAGCUGCCAUCUAAUGCUUUUCAUACACUUAUGGCAUUUAUUCUUCAUGCCUCUCAACCCAAGGGAGAGUAUUGGCAAGAUGAUCUAUUUGCCAUGUGUCAAAGAGUAGAGAGGAUGACUAAAGCCGAAGACUGGAGUCUUCCUAUUCUGGCCUCACACUUGCGCACGCUGCUGUGGAAGUGGUUAGCAUGGGAGCCAGCACAGCACUGCAUUGCUAAUAAAUUAAAGACAACUCUCGGCAAGCCUCUAGACACAUUUACUAGUAUUGAGGGAGUGAUUAAAAGUAGAGCUAAAGAAGUAAGGGAAUGUGGCCAGGAUGUAGAAAAAUCUCAGGCAUUUGUGAAGACGGAAGAAGAGAAGUCAGCCACCAGGAGCAUUAAUGGAACUGAUAAAAAUGAUGGCGAGAACAGUAGUGUGAAAGUUCAGUCCUUAUCUGUCAUGUUACUGGUUGAGUUUGUUGAGAGUCUUGAAAAAGCCAUGUUUAAUGCUAGCGAUGGAUGUGCUGUUGCAGUUCCCCCACCAAAUAAGAGUGUUCGAACUUUCUUUCGAACAAAUCGUCAGACAUGUACCGAAUGGUUGAGUCGUAUACGAGCUGCAGUUAUAAUUGUUGCUCUUAAUUGUGGACGGCCUGAGGUAGCAAUCCGACACUCAUACAAGCUUCUCCAAGAAUUGAAGGAUAACAACAAUACUCAGGGAAAUGACUUUGAGCGAGCCAUCUGUUACUGUGCCCGAGCAUUAGUGGCUGAAGGUUGUGAUGAAGGAGUGUCGGGACUCUACUAUUGGUGCCGCGAUCACAUUGGCCGACGAUUUGCCUGGCUUAAACCCGCAGUCUACAGUGCUGGCAAUAAGUAUGAAAAGGCCCUGAGAGGCUACCAGCAGUUUUUAGAAGGCAUUGAAGAAACAGAAGAUGUUGACAAGGAAAAAACAGUGGAGAAUGAAGCUGGGAUAGCACAUGGGGCCACUGGCAACCAUGUGGAUGUCAAGCAGCUAGAUCCUCUCAUCCAAGAAUUUAUAUAUUCCCAGAUUGCAGAAUGUUACAGUAAACUAAGCCAUUGGGGAGAACUACAAAAAUGGAUGAUGCAAGUACGAAGUAAUCAGAAAGAAUCGGAGAGCACUGCAUUUCACACUGGUCUUCUUAACACAUACAGAAACCUUGCACACGUUCAAGCUCUGGCACACUUUGACUCUGCAGACCCUGUUGGAGUAACAGCGAGCUUAAGCACUGCAGUCAACUUGGUGGACUGGUCCAGAGGCCAGAACUGGGUCAUAUGGAAGAGGUUUCAAGAUAUCAACACUGUCCUCCUCCAUUCUUUUACCUCGACAGUUUAUCCCCAGCCAUCAACUUCAAGGGACUCCAUAAGAAAAGCUGUUUCAGAGUGCCAGGGGCAAGUUGAGUGGCUCCUUCAAAUGUCUACUUUGUCCUCUCAUUCAGCAAUGCACCUUCACUUGCUACUCUUUCACCAAGUCCUUCAUGAGUUGAGAAGUAUUAUGGAUGAAUCACUGGGAGUAGGUCGCUUGCAUGAAGGUUGGGAAAACACCAAUCUUAUGAGUCUACCUGCAGAUCUCAUUCCCCAUGUUUCCCGCUGGGCCAAGCUAAUUGCUAGGCUCAACCGAACAGUUACCCCUACCUCAAUUACAAAGUUAGACCUGUUGUCUGCCAAGCAAGCUCGCAAGCAGGAAAAUAUGGAAUUUGCAGAGAGCACUCUCAUAGGACUGCUGGGUAGUGUUAGCUCAAGUUUGUUGGAUGCUGUGCUUGAAGCUGUACCUGGAGCUGAGUACAACCCAUUGCAAGCAAAGCUGCACAGAGAAGCAGCUAAGAUGCUGGCAUGCAAAGGGCAUAUUGCUCAGGGAUGUGCAGUGCUUGCUGGAGCUGUAGUUGGUCUCAACCCUAGUUUAGCAACAUUGGCUGCAACUGAUACCACUCUCCUUACGCUACCUCCCAAUGAAGCUGGUCAUCUGUGUGCUCGAUCCAUCAUCACCCUCAAUAAAUGGUGGUCACAAGAUGAGAGACGACUCCUGAUGUGUGCAGACUCUUCGGUUCAUGUUCCUCCUUGGAUGGAUAAACUCCUUACAGUUUAUCAGGAAAUGAGAAAAUUUGCACCGGAAGAAUUGCAGCCCUUGGCAGAGGUUAGCCAUUCUACAUUGCCACCACUAGAGAACAAAAUGGGUCACAUCCUUACUCUAGCAGCCACACAGUGCCCUACAUUACCCAAAGUUUGGUUCCAUAUUGCCUCAUGGUGCUUCAGAUGGGGAAGAAAAAUUCUUGAUCAUAGCAGCACCAAUGAUAACCAACUCUCAGACGUUGACCGUAAACAUAUCGAAGAUAUUCUUGCCCCAGUACGUGGGAUGGAUUCCACUGACUGGCAGCAGAAAGUGGAGGAGAUAUGUUUACUUCUGGUAAAUAUGAGACCAGGACAAGAGUCAGAAGAGGAAGAAGAAGAAGACCUUCGACUUGAAGAAGUUCAAGGGGUUCAUCAGGUGACAACUCAGAUCACAUCAACACUGCAGUCUUGGGGUUUGUCAAGCAAUUUGGUCACAGACCUCAACUCUCGUUUAGUUGAUGUUCAUCGAGCAAUUCAGGAGAGACACUACACGGUUCUCAUUGCAGCUGCUAAGGCUUACUUUAGGUUUCUGAAGAUUAGUCCAGGAUUUUCAGUGAGUCAUGCAGAUCAGUGUACAGUAUCCACUUUGCGUCUCCUACGGCUUAUGGUCAAACAUGCUUCCGAGCUGAGAGAAGUGCUAGAGAAAGGGUUGGCUGAAACACCUACUCGACCCUGGAAGACUAUUAUUCCUCAGCUAUUUGCACGCUUGAAUCAUCCUGAACCGUAUGUUCGAGGGAGCAUCUCUGAACUUUUGUGUCGCUUAGCAGAGGAUUUUCCCCAUCUCAUCGUGUUCCCUGCAGUAGUAGGGUCGGCUGGGGGAAAUGUUGCUGCAAAUCAGGCUUCAUUGACAGACAUGUUGGCAAAAUAUUUACAUAAAGGACGUCUUAGAAGAAAAAAGGCAUUAGGAGAUGAAGACGAUGAUGAAGAUGAAGAGGAAGAAGAGGAAUAUGACCAGGUAGAAGAGGAGGAGGAGGAGGAGGAAGAGGAAGAAGAAGAACUUAUCUCAGAGUCCUCAGAGGAGCAAGAAAGAAGAACUCUGAUGCGAAACUGUUUCUCAGCUUUGGUUGAUACAUUAACAAAGCAGAUUGGGUCUAGCAUUAGUGAGGUGCAAAUGCUUGUUCACGAGUUGCGGCGUAUUACUGUUCUGUGGGAUGAGUUGUGGCUUGGAACAUUGGCACAGCAUCACAGUGACAUGUCCAGGAAAUGCCAUCAGCUAACGGCAGAAAUAGUGCGCCUUAACAACAAUUCGUCACUCUCACCGAUAGAGAAACAACAGCUUAUCAAAAAGAAAUACGAUAUAAUAUUUAAACCACUGCUGUUUGUGCUAGAUCAACUUGCAGACAUCACCUCCACCCUGCCAGAGACACCUCAUGAGCGUCACUUCCAUGAUACUUACGGCUCGCAGAUAUCUACUGCCUUGUCUAAUUUACGGGACCCUGAGAGUUACUUUGAUCCACAGUCUGCUCUCUCUGGAUUACGACAGUUACACCAAAUGCUUCAGCAGAGAGCUCAUCGUAGAGCAUCAUCAAACUUGAAGAUGGUUGAUGUAUCUCCUAAACUAGCAAAUCUUCAUAGCACUAAGAUUGCAAUGCCAGGUGUGGUGUCUGCCAGUCAGCAAGUUGUUACUGUGGCGGCUGUGGAUGGCAAUAUCUCAAUCCUUCCCACAAAGACCAAACCAAAAAAGCUGAGCUUCCAGGGUUCUGAUGGCAAAAAGUAUACUUACCUCUUUAAGGGCUUAGAGGACCUGCACUUGGAUGAGCGAAUUAUGCAGUUUCUCGAGAUCGUCAAUACUAUGUUGGCCAAAAAUCAGAGAGGAAAAGACUGUGUUUACCGUGCUCGCUAUUACUCAGUGGUGCCCCUUGGGCCACGCUCGGGGCUCAUCCAGUGGGUUGGUAGUGCUACACCAUUGUUUGGAUUGUACAAAAGGUGGCAGCAACGGGAGGCACAUGCAAUGUUGCUAAAGAUACAUUCAUCUGCAGUUUCUAUUCACCCUCAAGCUCCUCCACAGGUUCCUCGGCCAUCAGAAUUAUACUAUAGCAAGCUAACUCCUCGACUGCGAGAUGCUGGCAUUAGUCUAGACAACCGAAAAGAAUGGCCAUUAGCCAUAAUGCGAGAUGUUCUUAAAGAGCUUAUCAAAGAUACUCCAUCAAAUCUGCUGUCUAGGGAGUUGUGGAUGUGCAGCGUAAGUGCGGGAGAUUGGUGGCACUUGACUCAGACCUACUCCAUCUCAACUGCAGUGAUGUCCAUAAUUGGGUAUAUCAUUGGGCUUGGGGACAGACAUUUAGAUAAUGUCCUAGUAAACCUUACUUCAGGAGAGGUGGUCCACAUUGAUUAUAAUGUAUGUUUUGAAAAGGGUAAAAAUCUUCGUGUGCCAGAGAAAGUUCCAUUCCGCAUGACUCAUAACAUAGAAGCAGCACUUGGAGUUACUGGAACUGAGGGUGUCUUCAGAAGUGCUUGUGAGCAAGUACUGCGUACUAUGCGGCGAGGAAGAGAAACACUUCUGACACUCUUGGAGGCAUUCAUUUAUGACCCUCUAGUUGACUGGACCCCAGAUAGUGAAUCAGGAUAUGCUGGUGCUGUAUAUGGUGGUGACCAGGCACUAGUAUCAGGUGCACGGCAGAGUCGGCAGCAGUUGGAACGGGGCCUCACCCUCAGCAUGUUUGCUGUAAGGAUGGCAGAAAUGAAGGCUGACUGGAUAUCUAACAAGUUGGAAGUGUUAACUGCCAUUCCAGAGGUGGAAGCAAGUCUCGGUGAAUGGCUGAAAUCGCACGAAGUUUUAGCAGAAGCAGAAGCCAACUUACAAGAUGGCCACCACUUAAUGGCUAUGCUCAAGGAAGCAGAAGCCAACCCACAGCAUAGUUUAUAUAGCUUACGUCCUCGCUAUGAAGAAUACUCGAUGGUGAAAAAGUCAAUUGAUCAUUCCAAAGAUCUCGUCAAUGCUCGGCUCUUGGAAGUAAAGCAGUGGCACAAACUAUACAUGACAGCAGCUCGGGUGUUUGAAAGUGGACAAGCAGGGGAAUGGCGCGCUAAGGUUAGCAGUAUGGGUAGUCUACAGGCCAGUGUUGCACCUGUGAAUGAAUUCUUAACUAAGGCUGGUCAAGGCCAAUUAGCCACACAGUGUGAACAUACAGAAGUCGAGUUAGGCAAAGUGGUAGGCCAGGUGCAAGGUGUCCUUGUUAGCAGUCUGGACCUGCUGAUUAAAUAUGGUGGUGUGUGGAUCAAUUACCCGGCAGACCACUUAACACGCCACCGCCUCUCACAGCAGUUAGUUUGGCUUGCAUCCCUUCUCCAAGAUCUCUCUCUCAACAAUGUUCAACUGAUGAUCAGCAAGAGCCACACUGAACCUGCAGACACCAGUGCAGUGAGCUUCGUGUGUAGUGUUGAUAUGGAGCUUCACAACAAAGCCCUUCAAAUUAGUUCCCAAAUUCAAAAGGUUUAUGAGAGAAUGCGAGCCGAGGGCCUAAACGAUAGAGUCAUGGUUGUGAAUUCAGUACAAGAGACGUCAUUGGCAAUAUCAUCACUAGUAGCGGACCACGGGAUAUCAGGAGUGGCAGCCAUGACCUGUGCACUCCUUAAUUCUCUUACACAGCUUACCAGUGCCAGGUUACGUGCAGACAAGACGGCUGCAGGAACUGGGGAGGGUCUUGUGGACCUCACUAUCGGAGGACUCUGGUGGUUACGUGAGAGCAUGGUGACCUUGGGUGGGAUGGUGGAGCUGGUCACUCUCCUCACAACACACUCUCCUCCAGCCUUCCCUCAGGAGACCCCUGUGAUUCAGGCAAUAUCUGCCCUCCAUGAUGUGUUUGCCAGUCUCCAUGAACUGGUCCUAAAUACAAGCGGCAUUAUCAUCGUAGAGGGUGUUAGAUUAUUUUGGCGCGGAGAACCAUCGGUGGUUAAUCUAGCUACAGAACUCGAGUCUGUUGUGUCCAGUGCCCCUAUUUCACCCGCCACACUCUGCCAACAGCUCACCACACACCUUCGUCUGAUGAUACUUAUGAUGCCUCCUCGCCAUGAAGAUGCUCUGCAUGAGGCAACAGCACUCCAUCAGAAGCUGAUAGAAGUUAUUGAAAGGAUCACAUCAGGAGGAACCUCUAAUGCCACCUCUAGUGCUGACAUGAGCCAAGGUCAGAUGCUCCUUAUGGGCUUCCAUUUAUUAUUUGAGGCGGUGGAGACACAGCUGGACCAACUGAUGACAACCAUUAGCCUGGCUCCCCUUCCGCAGCCCUGGCCUAGAGUCGACACAGCAAGAGAAGCUGCUGAAAUAAUGGCUCCUCUACAAGACCCAGGUCUUCGUCAAGUAUUAAGAUGUUUGCUUCGUGUGAAGAAGGUGCAGACUAUAGUUGAAUUUUUCACUACAGCUUAUCAGUCUUCACCUUCAUUCAAAAGAGAAGAAUCAGUUGGUAACAGGAGCAGAAACAAUUUGUGUGAUGAAGACCGGUUACAGAGAAUAGUGCGGCGAUAUGCCAGUGACUGUGUUUCUCUCUUGUUGCUUGGCUUGCCCUCACAACUAGCGACUCACUUACUCUUGCUGCAUAGUCAGAAGCUUGGUAUAAAUGUGACGGGUUACAUAGAGGCACGGGAUGUUGGUACGGAGGGUCGUGUCAGCUUGGAAGGAAUAGUUCAAGAAGCAUUGGAAUGCUGUAUCACUCGUCAUGGCCUUGAUCCUGCUCUUCCCACCUCUGCAGCAACCACACUCACGCACCAUCUAAAUGCAGUUAGGAAAAAACUCCUCCUCAGACAUUGGGAAGCAGAAGCAGAAGGCCUGCGGACAACUCACCAGAGAGUAACAGCACAACACCUUGGUCACCAGUGGCACUACGAAGACAUUCUCAAGCAGCAUGUUGUUGCUCCUCCUGUGCAACCAAGUCGUAGUGCCCUCCUUGGAGACUUAAGAGGUAAUGUGAGUAAGCUACUUGCAUUGCACCAGAAUGUUACUGAACUAAGGGAGAAAUACACUAAUAUGACAGCAAAUGUUGAGCAGCGUCUAAAAUGGGCUGCUGGCUCAAAUCCAUCUAUUGCUAAGGCACUUGAGGAGUUUAGCAGUGGUGUUGAAGCAGCGCUGAGUGGUGUAAUUGAGUUGUUGCAGAGAAGUGAGGAAGUUGCUUCCCUGUGUAACGCUGUGCUUCACUAUGAGGCUCUACGGACGCAUACUGUUGAUGCCAUCACAUGGGAUGCCAGCUUCACUUCGGUUUUGAAUGCAUGUCAGGAAAGUUGUAUGUUAUUAGAACGUUACCAUACUACUGUAAAUUCUCAAGAAGAAGUGCUGGUGUCUCUCUGUCCUAUACCAGCUGAUGUCAAUACUCAGUGGAUCCAACAUGCUUCAGUUGCUGUCUCAGAUCAUAUAGAGCUCCUAACCAAGUUGGUGGGUGACCGAAGCGGAGAAUUGAGGAAGUCUGUGGAGUGUGUGCGCUCCUCUGUCGUCUCACUGCGCAUCCAUCUCACAACACAUCAUAAAUUUAUGUCUGAUAUUAGAGCUUUACUGAAGAGUAUGGCAAAGUUUGAGGGUGAAGGUGGCUUAGCUGGCGUGGAGGAUUAUCUGGCUUUGUACCGCAGCUAUUCUGAGGCUAUUUCCGGACUAAUUCGACAGAUGCUUCAUGAUCCAUUAUCUCCAGAUAAAGCAUCAAUAUACCUUCAGAAGCUAAGAGAUGUUACUAAUCAAACAGGGACCAUUUAUGAUCUACUAGUCGAAUUUGGUAAUCAGUGUGUUGAGGAAGCUCAAGAGGAAACAGAUGGUCAGAGAGAAAAUAGUGGAGAACCUCGCAGACCACCGUUACUACGUCAGUCAAGUACCAUAAUGUCCCCUACGAAAACAUCCACUCCUGACUCUAGAACUAAAGUCAAGAGACAUCCUCUAACAGGAAAAGCUGUACAAGAGCACAAUGCAUAUGCUUUAAAUGUAUGGCGUCGUGUUAAAGUAAAAUUGGAGGGCAGAGAUUUAGAUCCAACAAGAAGAGCAUCCGUUUCAGAGCAAGUUGAUUACACCAUAAGAGAAGCAACAAAUCUGGACAACUUAGCAACACUGUAUGAAGGCUGGACACCUUGGGUAUAAAAUAUGCAGCACCCCAUCUCCUCUGAAAUAAAUAUCAUUCCCCAUUACAAAAAUUUCAGUGAUAGCAUUAUUUAUGUUCAUAUAACAUAAUAUAUAAGAGAUGAGCAUGUUAUUGUUACAUGAACUUUAUUUUCUACAAGCAUCUAAUUCAAAGAAAAUGACUUGUGGGAGAACUUGUUUCUGGUCAUUGUAUUUAAGUGUACAAUGUUUAAUUAUGUAUAUUUAAAGCCUUUGAGUUACCCCAGGAGUUCCCUGCAUUUACAACAUCCUGCUACUAUUUGUCCUCUGGUAUCAUUGUUAAAGGGGAUAAUAGGAGCAGCUACUGGAUAUAAUUCAGUACACAACCACAUUGCAUUUCAAGAUACUAUUUGCAGGCCUAUUUAUUAUAUUUACCGGUAAAUAUAAAUGCUGUGUAAAUUAAAAUUAAUUUUAUUAGCUUGCCCUGCAUACAGGCUGUCCCUAACUUACCAACAGGAUGGUUCCAAAAAGACUUGUUUGUAACUCAAAAUCAUAUCCAGUAGGUGCAAAGCUAUAAAUGGAAUUUUUUCAGACCAUAAAUAAUUAAAGUAAUGUACAAAAUCCAAAUUUAUUGGACAAUUUAACAAAAAAAAAAAAAGUUUUUUAUUUACCUUGAAUGAUGGAAAUGUCUUGUUUGUCCGAUUUGAUGGUUUUGAAGAGCAGAGAAAUAUAAUUAGUAACGGAGGCAGCAGAAGAUGAAGGUGCAUAUCCAGUGAUGCACUACAAGACAUUUGUAUAUUAUUGGUCAUUAUUGAGGCACUUUUCAUCAAGAAAUAAAUCAACUAGAAUAGUGCAGUAGAAGCACUGUUCAUAAUGAGAGGACUUAAAAUAGGUUUGCAUAACAGAAAGAGGGGAUUUAACUGUGAACUUUCGAGAUGGUUUGUAAGAUGUUACAAAUUUUAUAAAUAUUAUAAAUCUUUAAAUUAAAUAAAGUACCACCACCCUG